AAUGGUGAAUCUGGUGACAACUCUUCGGGCUGCUGAUAUUGGCAGGUGGAAUCAAAUGCAGCACCCCGCGAAUAUUGGACCAGACGCUCUCUUACAGCAGCAACAAGAAUGGCAACGGCAACAGCAGCAGCAGAGGCAACAGCCCCCUGUUUCCAGAUUGACAUAUGGAACUGUGGAUAGCAGUAUGAACGACGCAUCCGACCCCGACACGAAAAUGACUACUAUCCCUGAGAGGUAUAAUCCCCCGGUCUUGACUCGGAUGCGACGGCGACUGGCCCGCGUCAAACCAAGAGCUAGACGAGCUGGAUCCCCAGUGCCGCGGGCGGCACGACCAGCAGAAUGCAGAAAAGGAUACGCAGAACGUCGAGCCGCGAGCACAUACCUCCAGUACCGAGACGGACCAGGUAAGGACGAUACUGAUGUUCUGAAGCCCCUGGGGCGGAACAAUGUAGGCUCAAAACAGCUCCCACGCAAACGCACGCGUCUGGAGAAGGGCGGGGAAAUGGUCAGAAGAAUGGAGGCGGUUUCACAGGUGCGCAAGCUGCCUCGUAUACCAAGGAGCCUUAAGCCCCCUCGCAUGGUACCCAAUGCUUACACAAAGAGAGACGAUGCGGAAAUGUCAAAUCUCAUGGGUCAAUUCUCAAUGACAGACCCGGCGAUAGAGUCGACCGCGGUCCAAACAGAUUCUGACGCUUCGUCAGCAAAGCUGCAGCUCACUGUGCAAUAUGCGGAUCCUUUUCUUCUCCGCUCACAUCCUAUCCCACGCAGACAUCACAGUUCGACUCCUUACUAUCUCAACCACAAAUCCAAGUCACUCUCCGGAAACGAGAGGGGCAAGAGAGUAACUCGCGCCUCAGACUGGAAUCUGGGGCCCGACCCAAAGGAGAGAUGCCGGAAAGAGGACAAGACGGGGAAGCCCCAGCAGGUAGUAAGGUACAUAGCGGAACCGACUGUCAUCCCAGAUCGAGACAAGCCGAUAGGCUACGACUGGCCCCUUGAAAGCGGCGACAAAGCGCCGGAGGGGUCGUUCAACUGGAGUCAAGUGAUAAUUGCCAUCCUUCUCUUGUUAUUAUUCUUCAGCAACAUGGCGAGGCCAGAGGACCCAAUAGUCACAUGGAAGGAUGUGAAUAAGAACCCCCAAAGCAUGGUCGCCAAGCUCCGCACUCCAGUGCGAAGCGAUGCUGGAAUAGCACCAACCAUAGUCGAUUUUGAAGUUGCGAGAUGGAGUGAUAUCGACCCGAGCAUAUUAGGAUAACACAGGUGGGGUCUGGGGACAUAUGGGUGAAAACCAUAAAAACCGUUAAAAUUAG